AAUACAACAAAGGGGUAUAUACGGAGGACCGUGCGGUAGAGCACAGACACAUAUAUACUGAACACAACUUUGGUCAUUUGGUCGUCAAUACACAAUAUGAACGUUGCAACGCGCAUUUGAAGUGCGUCAUUCUGUAAAAUCGUGAUCUGAGUGGUUUUCAUAAGAAUAUUGUUGUUCCUUUUGUUGUGGAAAUCUUUUAAAAACUGAAACCAUGUGUUCAACGGAAGGUGAUAUUGCAAGCGACGGUAUGAUAAUUAGUAACGAUGUGGGAGACGCUUUUGGAUGUUCCAGAAACAGCGUCGGUCCGCUCAUGGGCCCUUUACAAACGGCACCCACUGAACGUUACGCCACACAUUACAACAUGAAUCACUCAAAACGUGGAUUAGCUAUUAUUUUUAAUCAUGAAUUUUUCACUAUUACACAUCUUAAACCUAGAUGUGGAACAAAUGUGGAUUGUGAAAAUCUUGUCAAUACAUUGAAAAGUCUUGGUUUCGAAGUAAAUGAUUUUCAUAAUUCAACACAUAGAGAUAUAGUGAAAAAUUUAGAAAGAGUUGCCAGUAUGGAUCAUUCUCAACACGAUUGUCUGAUUGUAGCUGUAUUGAGCCAUGGAGAGUUAGGAUUGUUAUAUGCUCAUGAUACUUCUUAUAAAUCUGAUUCUAUUUGGGGUCAUUUUACGGCAGAUAAGUGUCCAACGUUAGUUGGAAAACCAAAGUUAUUUUUUAUACAAGCUUGCCAAGGAGAUCGUUUAGAUUCUGGUAUGACUAUAAAAGACCGAACAGAAACUGAUGGUCAACCAGCUUCUACGUUCAGAAUACCAACUCAUGCGGACUUUUUAAUUGCUUAUUCUACAAUACCAGGCUUUUAUUCUUGGAGAAAUACUACUCGUGGUUCUUGGUUUAUGCAAGCACUAUGUUUGGAAUUGCGUGAAAAUGGUACUCGGUACGACUUGUUGACUUUGCUCACGUUUGUUUGUCAGAGAGUAGCCAUUGACUUUGAAUCCAACACUCCUGAUAAUAUAACGAUGCAUCAACAGAAACAAAUACCGUGCAUUACAUCAAUGUUAACUCGUUUGGUAAAAUUUACAUCUCCAAGAAAUGGAAUGGUAUAGUUAUUUUAUACAUGAUAUUGUGAGUACCUUCAUUGCAAUGGUCACACUAUUGUUGAGAGUUAAGUAGUGAUAUUUAGUCUAUACUACUCCGAUUUACUAGUGUGAUUACACUGCAUAGCAUUUACUGCAAACUGCCAUUACAUUCUAUAAAACUUGCACCAGAUGACAAAAUAUUAUAGCACAAUAUGAUAGACUUUAUGAUAUAUAUAUGUACAAGGUUUCGUACUGGUAUACUUUAAGAACAAAUCCUAUAAAGCUUAUGUCUUUCACAAGAUUUAUAAUGACAAUGGAUAUUUUUAAUAGAAUAUCUAUUUGUAAUCUUUGGUCAUUUUGAAUCCACUAUAUAGAGUUAGAAUGAAUAUAAUAGUAGUCGUGCAAAAGUUUAGUAAAACGUACUCGUUCUAGUAUGAUAAGUAAGGUAUGAAAUAAGUACAAAUGCAAGAUAAAAGUAAGCUGGCAGUGUUAUAACUAUCACGCACUUGCCGCUAUAAUGGCACAACUAAAACGACAUAUUUGUCUGGAAAACUGGUUCAAAUCAUUAGAAUGAUUAAAAUUGUCUAAAAUCACAUUCAAAUAACAAAUUAACAUGAAAUUAUGUUCUAAGAUAAAAAUAUUAUAAUAUCGUCAUUCAGUUCUAUGAAUUUACAAGAAUCCUAUUUUCUGUGCCAGUAAUUAAAAACUUUUCUGGUUGUGCUAUUAUUGUAAUGAAAAAGUGAUAUACAUAUAAUAAGAAUUGAUUGCCUUGGUAAUUGCUGCUUUCAAGCAAAAUUUAACAAGUAAUUCGUAUACAAUUUAUGUCGUUAUGGCAUACAUUUACAAAAAUGUAUUUUUUAAUCAUUCGAAAGCAAUUUAAGAAAUUGAUACAUAUAAUAUGCUUACUGCUUUGUACAAAAUGUCAAGGUGACAAAACUUGUGUCUUUUCAUAACAAGCAAUAGCCUGUCUCAGUGGCUUUCAAUUUUUCAACAUAUACGGACUAGUGAAGAUAUAAAUAUUUUGUGGACCGCUGCGAUGAAAAUAAAAAACCACUAAUAAUAUAACAUUUUCUAUAGUAGCUUUUAAAACUAAUAAUGUGUCUAGUUGAAAAGCGGUAAUAAUUUUUUUGCGAACUAGCUAAAAUUUCUAAAACUCCGGCAAUGGUCCGUGGAUCGAUGGUUAAAAAACACUAGUAUAUCUUACAUUAAAAAGGAAAAAAAAACAUAUUUUGAAUUUAGGAGUAAUAGAAUAUUACUUGCCUAAUUAAAGUAGUUGUGAUUAAAUAAGGUGCAAUUACAAGGAACAUCUAAGUUUUAUCUAUCGUUAAGAGAGGAAAAGAUGACAUAUGCUGUAACUAAAUCAUUAAAAGAUGCAAUAUGCACAUACUUUUGGAAUUGCUAGCUGGAGUAUGAAGUAUCAUGUUGCUUUAU